AAAAGUGAAAGAGGAAAGAAGAGGGAACCAGAGAGAUUGCUGUGGGCAAAGGACUAGGAUGGCAGUUCCUAGCUUUGAAGCUGUGGGGAAGGGCUGUGAGCUCAGGAAAUGCCUCCAAGGAUUGAAAAGUCUCCCAGAAGCAGCAUGCGAGCUCCUUUAGGAAAAGAACUUCUUUACAGCGGUGUGCUGUGCGCAGGAAUUGGGCCCCUACUGUAUUACUUCAUACAAAGACUCUCCAGGACCGAGUACUACCAGAUGGCGCUGGAGCAGCUGCACAGCCACACCAAGGCGCUGGAAGCCCUGGGCUCGCCCCUCACGGUGCACCGCCUGCCGAUGCUCAGCCAGGACCACAGUGUGGACAUCAACAGUGCCCAGUUGAAGAUUCCAGUCUCUGGGCCCAAGGCAAAGGGCCAUCUGUACACACGGUCGUCCAGAGGUGCCCCCUUUCAGAGGUGGCACCUUCAGGAGGUCAUCCUGAAGCUCCAGGAUGGGCAGCAGAUUCCUGUGUUCAGGCGCAGUGAGGCGGAGAAAUGAGCAGAAGACUGCACCUGCCCUCCCUCCCAGCAGUCGUGAGAACCGGUUCUCCAGCCUCCAGUGGGGUGGCUGCUGGUGUGAGGUGGUUCCAAUGUUGUGCUGAUGUGACUACCACAGAUUCUACUGUUUCUUUUAAUUCAGUCGGAGAGAAAAUUACAAUAAAGGUUUAUAUUUAUUAA